AUGUCGGAUAACAAAGCUAUCGCUCCAGACGCUUUAAGAGCUCAAGCCGCUGUACAGCAAUCAAAGAUCAAUAAGCUCAAAUUAGAUCACUCUGCCACUCCUGAUAUACGCUCUGAGGAACAAAGGAGAUUCGAAAUUGAUAGCAGUAUCAAUAAAACUCUUGAACAGAAGAAGAAGCUCGAUGGUAGCUUGGAAGAGGAGAAACUUAAAGAGCAAUACCUCAAAGAACAAUCCCAAAACGUUAAAUCUGAAUCCUCAGGUAACAUCAGACAAACUGAAAAAUCCAUGAAAAAAAGCUUAGAAUCCGAGGGUGGUACACUCAAGAACAAAACAAAGUCAAACACUCCAAAAUAUAACCUUAAAACUCCAAAAGGUACAAAAGAUUGGUCACCACUUGAAAUGUCUGUUAGAGAACAUAUCUUCAGUACAAUUACUCAAGUUUUCAAAAAACACGGCGGUGUUACAAUCGAUACUCCUGUUUUUGAACUCAAAGAAAUUCUCGCCGGUAAAUAUGGUGAAGACUCUAAGCUCAUUUACGAUUUACAAGAUCAAGGUGGUGAACUAUGCAGCUUGAGAUACGAUCUCACCGUCCCAUUCGCUAGGUACUUGGCAGCCAACUCUACUCCUUCCAUCAAGCGCUACCACAUUGCAAAAGUUUACAGAAGAGAUCAACCUGCUAUGACAAAAGGUAGAAUGAGAGAAUUCUACCAGUGUGAUUUCGAUGUUGCUGGCUCGUUCGAUCCAAUGAUCCCUGACUCUGAGGUUUUGACAGUUCUCUCUGAAAUUCUUACUAAUCUCAACGUUGGUCCUUUCACCAUCAAGGUUAACCACAGAAAGAUCCUCGAUGGUAUCUUUGAGCUCUCUGGUGUCCCACAAGACAAGAUCCGCACCAUAUCAUCUGCUGUCGACAAGCUCGAUAAGCUCCCAUGGGAAGAGGUCAAGAAGGAGAUGACUGAUGAGAAGGGCUUGGAAGGUCAAGUUGCCGAUAGGAUUGGUGAAUAUGUCAAGUUGUCCGGUAGUAGAGAUCUCCUGGAGAAACUCAAGGCAGAUGCCAAGAUGCAAUCAAACGAUAGUGCGAAGAAGGGUAUUGAAGAGAUGGAGCUUUUGUUCAACUACUUGGAAAUUUUCGGCGUGCUCCCUCAACUUUCCUUUGAUUUGAGUUUGGCUAGAGGUUUGGAUUACUACACUGGUGUCAUUUAUGAAGCUGUUGUUGAAGGAUCAAGAGCACCUACACUCGCACCUGCAGCGACUGCUGCUCCUGCAGGUACAAAGACACAACCAAAGGAUGUCAAACACACGGGAACAAAGAAAGGUUCAAAGGAUGCUGAAUCAAAGCAUGAAACUGAAAUCGAUGAAUCUCAAAUUGGUGUUGGAUCAAUUGCUGCUGGUGGUAGAUACGAUGAGCUUGUUGGCAUGUUUGCCGGCGGUGGUGCCAAAGAUCAAAUUCCUUGCGUUGGUGUGUCCAUUGGUGUUGAAAGAGUCUUCUCUAUCUUGAUGCAACGAAUCCAAUCAGAGCAACAAGCAUCGAGAGCCAAACAGACUGAAGUUUACGUUAUGGCGAUUGGUGAUGGAUUGUUGAAAGAGCGUAUGCAAAUUGCUAAAAAGUUGUGGGAUAACAACAUCAAGGCUGAAUUCUUUUACAAGUCUAAACCAAAAUUACCAAAACAAUUCGAAGUUGUCGAUAAGGAACAGAUCCCAUUCGGAUUAUUAUUGGCACCACGCGAAUGGAACGAGGGGCAAGUUAGAGUCAAGGAGCAAAGGGGCAAAGAAGAAGGCGGUGGAAACGGUGAUUUGAUCAAGGUAGAUGAUCUUAUCCCUGAGCUGUAUAAGCGUAUAUCCGACUGGAAGAAUGAAGGAUUUUAG